AUGCCUCCAAAGGAAAACAAAAAAAAUUUAAAGUUUGACAGGGACCCCCAGGAGGAUGAGCAACAGCUAAAUGAUGAUAUUAUGAAAAUAAGCAUGCGCUUGUCCGCCCUGAAGACGCAAUAUUCAGGACGUCUUGAGGAGAUAUUGGUUUUGAGGCGUGAACAGAAAGAGCUACAGUGUAGUUGUGCCAAUUUUGAAGACGACCUUCGUCUUGCUACAUCGAAUAAGGUAGACGUGUUGACCGAUUUUGCGCGUCAAUACAAAACCAAGGAAGACGAAAAAAUACGCGUUUGUACAAAGUUAGAUGAUACUUUAAACUGCCUUGAGGUGGAAAAAUUGAGGCUUACUGAUGAAGCCAAACGGGCGGAAACUGAAUAUGAAGAUGCUAUCAAUGCGCUAAAAGCAGAGCAUGAUUGUUUAUUGGCUCGUAUAGAUGAGAUGGAAAAGGAGGUUAGUGUUAUCCUGGACAAUACGCGUUCCAGAAUGCCUGAUGACUGGACCGAACCUAUUUCAUUCCCAUAA